AUGAGUUCAAGACGAAUAGCUAGCCCAUCACCCAGCUUACGGCCCAUUUCAAACAAGCGGGUCAUCAACUCGGAAAGGCUGCAACUAAUCCAAUCAGAGGCAAACAAGUACACGGACGACUCCUCGAGCUCAGAGACAAAUUCCAUAAACUAUAAACAGUAUGCCCCCGCAUCCACACUAAAUUUAGAGCAGCUAGAAUGGAGUGACAUCCUUCCAUAUUAUUUACCAUUCUUGUCCUGGAUUGGAAAGUACAACCUCAGGUACUUUAUUGGUGACUUUAUUGGCGGACUAACGUUGGUAUUUUUCCAACUUCCGUUAUCGUUGUCAUACGCUACAACGUUGGCGCACGUGCCUGUGAUCUCAGGAUUAUACUCAUUGGCCAUUGCUCCUCUUAUCUACUUGAUAUUUGGAAGUGUUCCACAAAUGGUUGUUGGACCUGAGGCCCCCAUCUCGUUGGUUGUCGGACAAGCAAUCGAGCCCCUUCUUCAUCACAUGAAAAAGAAGCACUUAGAUCCUUUGGACUACGUCUCAGUGAUUACAUUCCUCAGUGGAGCCAGCUUAUUGGGAUUUGGUAUUGGACGAUUGGGAUUUCUAGACAAUGUUUUGAGCGGAUCGCUCUUGAAAGGCUUCAUUGCUGGUGUGGGUGUUGUAAUGAAUAUAAAUUCGCUAAUCAUCAUUUUGGGAUUGGAAAAGUUGAUGAAGAAGAUUGCUGAUGAUGCUACUCAAAUGGACAUCCAUUCCCCAUUUGACAAGGUGGUCUUUUUGACAAAAAAUUGGAGCCAUUUCAACCCAUUAAGCGCAAAAAUUGGCGCGGUUGGGUUUUUGAUAAUUAUCGUUUGCAGAAUUCUUAAGAAAAGAACCAAAAAUUCACUUGUGGCUCUUUUCCCAGAAAUCAUGAUAGUGGUCAGCGGUGCAACUAUCCUUUGUCAAUAUUUCAGGUGGGAUCUCAAUGGAGUUGACGUUAUUGGAAAAGUCAAAGAUAAUAGAUCACUUACGCUAUACAAUCCACUUAGACUGUGGAAACUUAUAAAGCAAUUGGGAACAUCUGGAUUUCUCUGCGCAAUGUUGGGGUUCUUUGAGUCUACUACCGCGUCGAAGUCAUUGGGCACAAGGUUUGAUUUACCAAUAUCCACAAACAGAGAAUUGGUGGCGUUGGGCAGCUUGAAUUUCAUUGGAUCCAUUUUUGGUGCUUUACCGGCAUUUGGUGGCUAUGGCAGGAGCAAGAUUAAUGCAAUAUCAGCAAAAACAACCAUGUCCGGAGCCAUAAUGGGGCUAUUCACCCUUUUAACAAUCCAGUAUCUUCUCAGAUACUUGUACUUUGUACCUAAGUGUAUGUUGAGUGUUGUCACAAGUGUGAUUGGUAUCCUGUUGAUUGAGGAGGCUCCAAGUGAGUUGGUAUUUUAUUGGAGAACAGGAGGCAAUGACGAGCUCAUCACGUUUGCAAUAACUGUAUUCACCACCCUUUUCUUUUCCAUCGAAGGUGGCGUUGCAGUUGGACUUGUCUACUCCUUAAUCAGGGUCAUCAAAAACUCCACUGCAUCUCGCAUUCAAAUCUUGGGCAGAGUUCCAAAUUCAAACACUUUUAUCGAUGCUGACGUCCCAGUGGAGCAAGUUGAUGAGAGUGUAUCACGUUUAAAUGUUUUUAAUGACAUGAGACAAACACUGUUGAAUAUUGGGGCAAUUGAGGAAGUAGAAGGGUGCUUGAUUAUCAAAAUUCCAGAGCCAUUGAACUUUACAAAUAGUAGCGAUAUGGUGGCAAGAUUGAAAAGGGUGGAAAUGUAUGGCUCCACACGUGCUCAUCCAGCACUGAAGAGGAGUCGCGAUCAGGAAAUGACGCGGUAUGUGAUAUUUGAUCUUGACAGCAUGAAUGAAAUUGACUCCUCGGCUGCAAAAACUCUAAAGAAUUUGAUUACAAACUACCACAAGCGAGGAAUUAGGUCAUUAUUUGCAAAAGUGUCAAACAAGGUAAAACCUACGUUACAACAAGCGGGUAUUCGUGAUAUCCUUCUCCAAGACAUUGAAGAAUUGCGGUACAAUGAGAUCCAAGAUUUAGCAAAUCACAGCGAUAAUGAAACCAUUACAAAAUGUCGUGGACUACUCGGGACUGAUCCCUAUUUUCAGCACAUUCUGGAGGCGUUACGAUUGAUUGACUGUUUUGAGAUGAUAUAUGGCGAAGUGUAG